GUCGUCGCGAUCGUCGUCGCGCGAUCGCACCGACCGAUAAUUUUCAAAAAAUUUUCACUCGUUUCUGCGCGUUGUUACGCUCGUAUCUCGCUGCACACGGACAGGUAUACCCGCGGCUGUACAACGUGCUCGAAAAAGCUUUAUCGCCCCGAGAGUAAAAUCGUCAGUGUGCUUUCGCGCCCGCGUACAUUAUAAUAUAGUAUACAAGUGAGUGCAUGUGUGUGUGUGUGUGUGUGUGUGUCUGUGUGUUUUGCAGCAGCUGGCCCCCCGUCGAGGUGGAUCGAGUGCAUCGGUGUAUCGCUCUCGCGGCCGCAGCGAGUCUCGUAGCCGCCGCCGACGCGAGUAUUAAGACGCGCACCUCGCUCGCGCGCGGGGCAAUAUUUUUAGAAUAUUCGGAGGAAAUAUUUGUGGCUCCGGCGGAUCUCACUCUCGCUCUCUCUCUCUCUCUCUCUGGCCGCUAUCCUAUCUCCAUCUCUCUUUCUCGCGGCGCAGCUCCUAUCUAUCUCUCUCUCUAUCCCCUUCUCCUCGCUUUUUUGGUUGUCCCGCAGUAGUAACAGCAGCAGCUUGCAGAUUUUCGAUGCUACCGCUGCUGAUGCUGCUGCUGCUGAUCAUCAUCAUCAUCAUCAUCGCGCUCGAUCGUCUACACGAGACGCUGCCGCCGCCGCCUCGAGCUUUUUCUCCACUCUCCGAAUAUUUAUUUAUAAGUAUAAAUAUUUGCAUACGAGUGUGUUGUAAAGUCAGUGCGUGCAGCAGCAGCAGCCCAAGUUCAGUCGAUUUUUAGUUUACGCACACGCACACGCAUGAUAAUAUCGCAAUGUCCGAUCCAUAAAAGCUCUCUCUCUCUCUGCAAGCUCCACUUCGCGGCUCGAUGCUGCUGCUGCUGCUGCAAGCUCGUGCGUAUUAUGCCCGAGUAGUGUAGUACAGUGGCGAGCUAUAUAUGGGGGUAACGUGUGUGCUGUGCGUAGUAAACGCGUUAGUGCAUAAACAUACACUCAAGAAUUGACCGAGACGCGAUGAUAACGACGACGACGACGACGACGAUUUGUGAAACGAACGAUUACUCGGGCGCGUGAAAAAGAAGAGAGACGAGGAAAAAAAGCUCGUCGAGCGGAAUAAUAAUACAUUGAAAGCUCGCGUUGAUGGUGCCGAAGCGUCGAAAGAAGCGUCAAAAAAUUCGAGCCGAUGCAGCAGGCACGAAUCGGAGGAGCCAAGGCAUCGACGCCGUCGUCAUCGUCGGCCGCGGCUGCUGCUGCUGCCCGCGGACCACCGAUAAGUACCGGCAACAGCAAUGGCCCGAGCAACGAUGACGAACAGGUGGCCUUCUGGAGGCGCACCGGAGCCAUACCGCGAGUACCGGCGCAACCACCUGCCGUUCAGCAGCAGCAGCAGCAGCAGCCCAGACGCGGACUGUUCUCGAAAAUGUUCUCCGGGGGCGGUGGGGCUACGACCGCCGCUACCUCCAAUUCAUCCUCGUCGCCUUCUCCAGCGGCUUCGUCGAGGACGACCGCCUCCUCCUCGAGUCGAUUCGCCAGCACACUGGGCAGCUCGACGACGUCGCUGCUGCGCUCCAUAUCGCCGGCGUCGAGAUUACCACCACCAGCAGCAGCAGCAGCGACGGCGGCACAGCAGCAGCAGCAGCAGCAGCAACCCCCGCCACCAACGAGGGAGCCGACGCAAAGGGAUACACGCAGCGAGAGCAGAGAUCUGCCGACAGCAGCCAAGAGCUACGUUUACAAGACGAGGACGCCGGUGCCGGUGAAGCCGGAGGAUCUGCCGCCGAUCGGCGCCUCCGCGCAGGCCGCCCGCAGCUCCUACGUCUACAGGACCCGAGUGCCGAGGCGCGCCAUCGUCGACUCGCUGGCCCAUCAUCAGUCCUUCGACGAGACGGAUUACGCCUCCGGUGGUGGUGGUGGUAAUGGUGGUCCUGGUGGCGAGGGCGGCAAUCCCAUUACGCGGCGCAGGGGCGCGGUGAAGCAUCAGAAGGUCCACAUGGUCAGGAACCACAAGCUCGUGGCCAAGUUCUUUCGCCAGCCCACGUUCUGCGCCCUGUGCAAGGAAUUCCUAUGGGGCUUUGGAAAGCAGGGCUAUCAGUGUCAAUCCUGCCUGACCGCGGUCCACAAAAAGUGCCACAACAAGCUCCUGACCAAGUGCAACGGCGGCGGCCGAGAAUCGGAAAACACCAUUGUAAGAGAGCUGUGGAGCGGACAGGUCGACCGCCUAGAAGACCCGGGAUAAAGUCGCGGGGCAAAAAAAAAAAUGAAAAAAAUAACACACAGAG